AUGGCUGUCCACAAUGUCGCCGUUGCCGGCUUUGGCGAGGGCACAAACGAACUGUACGACCGCGCGCGCCCUUCGUACCCCGCUGCAGCCCUUCAGUUCAUCAAGAAGGAGCUCCCCGACUCUCCCCUGACCAUAGUCGAAGCGGGAUCGGGAACGGGCAUCUUCUCGCGUCUACUCCUCUCGCCUCCGAAUCCGGAGUACCCCCGCUUCGACGUGAAGACGCUGGCGGCCGUGGAGCCGAGCUCGGGCAUGCGCGCUGCCUUCGAGAAGGGCCUUGCAAAGGUACCAAAGCAGGACCUCGAGGGCAAGAACGUUAUCACGGUUGACGGCGGGUUCGACGACUUCUCGAACUCGGGCGUCGCCAAGGGAGAUGCGGACGCUGUCGUCAUCGCCCAGGCAUUCCACUGGUGCCCAGACUACCAGAAGGCUCUUACCGAGAUCGCAGAGUACCUGAAGCCCGGCGCGCCGCUCAUUCUCAUCUGGAACCUGGAGCAGAACCAGGACGAGUGGCACCAGGCGCUGCGCGACCUGUACCAGCCGCUCGACCAGGGUUCGCCCCAGUACUACCGUGGCGGGUGGAAGAAGUUGUACGACACGGAUGCGUACAAGAGUCUAUUCGAGCCGGCUCAGAUCGAGCAGUUCCCGUGGCACAUGGGCAUGACGGAGGAGGGCAUCCGAGACCGCAUCUUCUCCAAGUCAUACCUGACCGAGAACAACCUGAAGGGCCAGGAACGUGAGGACUUCGAGAAGAAGCUGCGCCAGCUGAUCGCCUCGGACGGCCCUGGCAAGGAGUACAUCGACAAGGACGCCGGCAUCAUCAAGUACAGGUACAACACGGACCUGGUCAUCAUGCGCAAGAGGAAGUAA